AUGAAAGAAGUCUUGGCGUGCCUUUAUGUACCGACUAUCUUCUCCUGUCCAGGAUGCCGGAAACUCAGAAACUCAGCCAAAAUGAGGUACCAUAUUGUAUACGCUCUUACUGCUGCCGCUUCGCUGUCGGCAGCUGCCGAUAUCUACGUCUCCCCGUCCGGGUCGGAUACCGCUGCCGGAACGAUUGACGCUCCUCUUCUGUCGAUCCAAUCGGCUGUUGAUAAAGCGACGGCUGGUUCCACUAUCUACCUUCGUGAGGGGACCUAUUCGCCGACAACGAAUAUCCAGAUCACGAAGAGUGGGACGGCAUCUGCGCCAUAUGUUCUCCGGGCUUAUGAUGGCGAAAAGGUCACCAUUGAUGGAGAGGAACUUCCGGGAACUCCGGCGGAGCUCGAUGCUUCGCUCGCUAAUGAGGACCGUGGAAUCCUACAUAUCCAAGAUGCCGAGUACUGGGAGUUCUAUGAUCUUGAAUUGAUCAAUGGGCCAUAUGGUGUUUACGCGCGUGAUUCUUCGAAUAACCACUACGAGCGUAUUAUUACGAGGGAAAACUAUGAAACCGGCUUCCAACUCGAAGGAGCAUCAUCCAACAACAGCGUGUAUUACCUCGACUCGUACCUCAAUCGGGACCCACGCAAGAACGGCGAAAGCGCCGACGGGUUUGCCUGCAAAGAGGGCUCUGGUGAAGGUAACGUGCUUCGAGGCGCGAGAUUGUGGAACAAUGUUGAUGACGGCUUGGACCUAUGGGAAUUCAAGUCCGCCGUGACAAUUGAAGACACCAUUUCCUACGGCAAUGGAUACAACAGAUGGGGAUUCUCGCCAUUCGAAGGCGACGGCAACGGUUACAAGCUCGGUGGCGGUGACGAUGCUGACAUCGGGCCUGCCAACCACGUUAUCACCAACUGUAUCGCCUUCGGAAACUCCAAGGACGGCUUCACCGAUAACUCCCAACCGGGUGAUUUCACUCUGACCCGAAACACGGCCUGGAACAAUGCCAAGGUGGGCUUCAAGUUCGGCACGGCAGUAGCUACCCUGAGCAAGAACAUUGCGGCUGAGAAUGGAGAGAGUCCUACUUCCUUGAGCGAGGAGCAGAUUUCCACGGGAAACUCAUGGGACGGUAGCGAGUCUUGGGGUAACAGUAGCUUUGUCUCUGUUGAUGCGACCUUGGUGCAGGGAGCGCGCAACGCAGAUGGAACGAUUGAUCCUAGCGAUUUCUUGCUGCCCAAGUCUGGGGAGGAGAUUGGUGCUACGACGGCUUGGUAG